AAAGGAAACACACUAACUUGAACUUCCCCUCCCCUCUUCUUCCCUUCCCUUUCCACUCGCUGCAAAAAGCUUUCCCUAUAAGAGAACGCCUUUCUUUCAAAUUCCCCCCAAUUCCAGCAAACCACACAGUCAAAAUCUCUCUCUCUCUCCCUCUUCUCUCUCUCAAAACCAUGGCGCUAUCCAACAACCUAACCGCAGUCCUGAACUUCAUCGCCUUCCUCUGCUCCGUCCCAAUCGUCGCAUCGGGGAUCUGGCUCGCCUCCCAGCCGGACAACGAGUGCAUCCACUUCGUCCGGUGGCCGGUCGUCCUCCUCGGCCUCCUCGUCCUCGUCGUCUCUCUGACCGGCUUCGUCGGCGCAUACUGGUACAAGGAGACACUCCUCGCCUUCUACCUCUGCUGUAUGGCCAUCCUCAUCGCCCUCCUCCUCACCCUCCUCGUCUUCGCCUUCGUCGUCACCAGGCCCGACGGCGGCUACGCCGUCCCCGGCCGCGGGUACAGGGAGUACCGGAUCGAAGGAUUCUCGUCCUGGCUGCAAGGCCACAUCGUCGAUUCGAAGAAUUGGGGCGCGAUUCGCGCCUGCCUCGCCGAGAGCGACGUCUGCUCCAGGCUCACCCGGAGCUACCUCACCGCGGACCAGUUCUUCGCCGGCCACAUCUCUCCUCUCCAGCAGUCGGGUUGCUGCAAGCCGCCGACGGUGUGCGGGUACAGCUACGUGAGCCCGACGACGUGGGUGAACCCGGCGAACCCGACCGGCGACCCGGACUGCUACAACUGGAGCAACGAGCCGAACCAGCUCUGCUACAACUGCAACUCCUGCAGGGCCGGGCUGCUGGGGAACCUCAGGAAGGAGUGGCGGAAGGCCAAUACUUUCCUCAUCGUCGCCGCCGUCGUGCUCAUCUUCGUCUACGUCGUCGCCUGCUGCGCUUUCAAGAACGCUCAGACGGAGGAUCUCUUCCGCCGUUACAAGCAAGGCUGGGCAUAAAACUUGUAGUAAGGUAAUGUUAUGUAAUGUAAUGUAAUUCCCCACUGUCACACAAGCAUUUUGCUGCUGCUGCUGCUGCUGCUGCUUCGUUGAUUCUGUGCCCUUUUUUUCUUCUUCAAUUGUUUUUGUUUUUUCUCUUUUGGAGGGCUUGUGGGCUGGUGGGUGUGUAAUGUGUAUAUAUUCGAUUCUGCUUUUGGUCAUAUCUAGAAUAUGUUAUCUGGAAUCGGAUUCAUCAUCUCUUUGUUCCUCUGUCAGAACCUAACAAGGAGGAAGAAAUCCACGACCAUAUCUUAUACAACUCACUUACACGC